AUGGAUGCCCACCCGAAGGAGAUGGUGCCUCUCAUGGGCAAAAUAGCCACUAUGCCCAGUGGGAACGCUGCCAUCCUGCAGGAGAAGAGGCUGGCAGAGAUCACCCCCACCAAGAGUGCACACUUUUUCCUGGAGAUAGAAGGGUUCGAGCCCAGCACCACUGUCACCAAGACCUCUCCCCUCAUCUUCUCCAAGCCCAUGGACUCCAACAUCCGGCAAUGCCUCCCCGGCAGCUGUGAUGACAUGGACUCCCCACAUUCUCCUCAGGAUGACGUGACAGAGACCCCAUUUAAUCCCAACAGUCCCAGUGCAAACCUGGCCAAGCAAGAGCAGAGGCACAAACAGAAGCGGCUGAAGAAGCACAUCUUUGCGGCUGUGUCGGAGGGCUGCGUGCAGCAGCUGCUGGAGCUGCUGAUGGAGCUACAAGAGCUUUGCGAGCAGCGCCACAGCCUGGAGGUGCCUGACUUCCUCAUGCGCAACCUGACGGCCUUGGACACGGGGAAGACCUGCCUGAUGAAGGCCUUGUUGAACAUCAACCCCAGCACCAAGGAUAUCGUGCGGAUCCUGCUCGCCUUCGCUGAGGAAAACGACAUCCUAGACAGGUUCAUCAACGCCAAGUACACGGAGGAGGCCUUCGAAGGGCAGACGGCGCUGAACAUCGCCAUCGAGCGGCGGCAGGGAGACAUCGCCGCGGUGCUCAUCGAGGCCGGCGCCGACGUCAAUGCCCACGCCAAGGGCGUCUUCUUCAACCCCAAGUACCAGCACGAAGGCUUCUACUUCGGCGAGACACCCCUGGCCCUGGCAGCCUGCACCAACCAACCCGAGAUCGUGGAGCUGCUGAUGGGCAACGAGCAGACGGACAUCACCUCGCAGGACUCACGGGGAAACAACAUCCUCCAUGCUCUGGUGACGGUGGCUGAGGACUUCAAGACGCAGAAUGACUUCGUCAAGCACAUGUACGACAUGAUCCUGCUGAGGAGCGGCAACUGGGAGCUGGAGACCAUGCGCAACAAUAACGGCCUCACGCCGCUGCAGCUGGCCGCCAAGAUGGGCAAGGCCGAGAUCCUGAAGUACAUCCUCAGCCGUGAGAUCAAGGAGAAGCGGCUCCGGAGCCUGUCCAGGAAGUUCACCGACUGGGCCUACGGGCCAGUGUCGUCCUCGCUCUACGACCUCACCAACGUGGACACCAUGACCGACAACUCGGUGCUGAAAAUCAUCGUCUACAACACCAACAUCGAUAACCGGCAUGAGAUGCUGACCCUGGAGCCCCUGCACACGCUGCUGCAUAUGAAGUGGAAGAAGUUUGCCAAGUACAUGUUCUUCCUGUCCUUCUGCUCCUACUUCUUCUACAACAUCACCCUGACCAUCAUCUCUUACUACCACACCCGGGGGGAGGAGGCCCUGAAACACCCCUUAGCAAACAAGAUGGGGUGGCUGCAGCUCUUAGGAAGGAUGUUUGUGCUCAUCUGGGCCAUGUGCAUUUCUGUGAAAGAGGGCAUCGCGAUCUUCCUGCUGAGACCCUCAGAUAUGCAGUCCAUCCUCUCGGAUGCCUGGUUUCACUUUGUCUUUUUUGUCCAAGCUCUGCUUGUGAUACUGUCUGUCCUCUUGUACUUGUUUGCCUGCAAAGAGUACCUCACCUGCCUCGUGCUGGCCAUGGCCCUGGGCUGGGCGAACAUGCUCUACUACACGCGGGGAUUCCAGUCCAUGGGCAUGUACAGCGUCAUGAUCCAGAAGGUCAUUUUACAUGAUGUUCUGAAGUUCUUGUUUGUAUAUAUCGUGUUCUUAUUUGGAUUUGGAGUAGCCCUGGCCUCGCUGAUCGAGAAGUGUUCCAAAGACAAUGAGGACUGCACCUCCUAUGGCAGCUUCAGCGACACGGUGCUGGAACUCUUCAAGCUCACCAUAGGCCUGGGUGACCUGAAGAUCCAGCAGAACUCCAAGUACCCCAUCCUCUCCCUGAUCCUGCUCAUCACCUAUGUCACCCUCACCUUCGUCCUCCUCCUCAACAUGCUCAUUGCCCUGAUGGGGGAGACUGUGGAGAACAUCUCCAAGGAGAGUGAGCGCAUCUGGCGCCUACAGAGAGCCAGGACGAUCUUGGAGUUCGAGAAAAUGUUACCAGAAUGGCUGAAGAGCAGAUUCCAGAUGGGAGAGCUGUGUAAAGUGGCAGAGCAAGAUUUCCGACUGUGUUUGCGGAUCAACGAGGUGAAGUGGACUGAAUGGAAAACUCACGUCUCUUUCCUCAACGAAGAUCCGGGGCCCGGGAGACGGUCAGCAGAUUUCAACAAAAUCCAAGAUUCUUCCAGGAACAACAGCAAAACUACCCUCAAUGCAUUUGACGACAUAGAUGAAGUUCCGGAAACCUCCGUGUAGAAGCAGAACCCAGAGCUCGUGUGCAUGUGGGCCGUCUGAGGCUGGAGGCUGGGUCCUGGACUUGGUGCUGCGGGCUUUGCAGAGUAAUGGAGCCUGGCUCCACCUGCAGAGACGAGGAAAGCACACUCAUGCUGGACGGGUGUCUGAACCGAGGGGCAGUUGUCAGUUUGAGUGGGAAACACCCUGGACUUUGUUAUUCGGCAGAGAGUUUGUAUAAACCCACGGCCAGCAGUCCUGAGCCUGGGAGUCCCAGGAGUCCCUGAAUCCCGGGUGAAGUCUCUGCGUUCACCAACGGCAGGUCGAUUUGGCUGGGAGAGAGGGUGGCAGGGCAGGGGCGGGGCCCAAGGAGCAGGGAGAGGAGUCUUCUGCCAAGGUCCCCAGCCCCAGCCUGCGCAUCCUACCAUUUCCCUUAUUGUAACUGGGUCUCCUGAACUUAAGGGACGCUUGAUGCAUCCCAGAAUGUGCAGGGGACUGAGCUAAGCCGGGUGUCCUGGGACUGGAGGAGAAUGAGCUUCUGGAGCCUUCAGGGAGAAGGAAAACACCCUUGGAAUGAGUGGCCUUUGUACUCAAGGCUCAAACUGUCUCCAACUGAGACGUUUCUAGUAGCAUAAUUAACACAGGGUUUUUCUUUUCCAUAGAGAAAGGCUUUUUCCGUUUUAAAUGAAAAUUACUUCACAUGAAGCAUGUGAUUUUAAAGCUGAGAAAUAGAUUUUAGGAUUUGGGGCUGGAGGUAAGUAUUAUAUACUUGGCCUCGGGGUGGCCAGAGCAAGGACAAAAAGCUUUUCUUUAUGCACAUAAAAUUCCACAAGAGACACGCCAGGCAGGGACUACCAUCUGGGUGAAAGAUCUUGGCUGUUUUCCUUGUCCCAGCCCUGCAACAGUGCAUGCCUCUAAGUUGGGAUCAUGGCUUCGACUGAAACGGAAAUAGCAGCUGCUCUAUUUACAUGGUCUUGAAUCUCAGAGGUUACUCGUAUACAUCAGUAUUUCUCACUGGAGGAAUUUAACAAAAUACCUGAAAUGCUCUGGUAUUAAAUAUUUUUGUUAACUGUGAAGUCUGAAGUGGAGGAGGAGGCCUUUGAGAAAGGAGUGCUUGCCAAGAUGUGAGGCUUAUUUUUAGAUUCUCAUCCUCUGAUUUUUCUCCCCCCUGAAAUCACACAGAGUCACUUUGGGGGCAGAAGUGAAGUGGAGAUAGUAGAAAUGUUCCAGGUUACUGGAGCCUAUAGAACCAUAAAAUCCACUCUGCCUCAGUUAUCUGGUAAUAGAUUCAUGUGGGAAUUUUUGAGGUGGAAUUAUGACGCUAUUAACCAUGAAUUUUAAUUUUAAGUGGCACAAAAACCAUUCGGCUUUUAGAUAACUUGGCUAUUGGCUAGUUAAUCUGACUUGAGGCAAACUAAGGAGUCCAGGCCAAGCAGUCCACUCUCGGCCUUCUUCUCCGCUCUGGGCUGCUCUGUGCCCCAGCUUACCUCGGCCUUCUUCUCCGCUCUGGGCUGCUCUGUGCCCCCUGAUGGGCUGGGUCAGGGAGCGAUGCCAUGAGUGGUGGAUGUAGCCUUAGAGCCGUAAGAUCUGCAGCAGCCCCUGUGCUCUCGGAUGACCCAGGGAGCCAACCCGUGCUCUAAGCUGUAGUGGUCAGGCCAAGCUCAAGUGUGGGCAGGGGAGGAAGGGGCUAGGCAUGUUCCCCAGAGAAGGGAAGAUGUGGGGAGAUUGUCCUAGAGGCAGGGGGAGCAGAUGUGUUCCAGAUGGGCAGAGCUAAUGCCAGAAGUUGGAAAUUUCAGGGAAAAAAAUUUUAGUUCAAUUCAGUCCAGCAACUGCUCCAGAUAUUGGGGAUAUUUAAGCAGAAGCUGGUUGAGCAUUUAUUAAGGAUAUUGUUAAAGAUCACAAUCAAAUGAACUUGAAGGUCCUUUUAGCCUGGAGAUUAGCAUCCUGUGUCUGGAAUUACCUGCUUGCGUUCAUCCUGAACAGAUGUCCUGGUUUGAAGGGCAGCCGUUUGGAUCGAUGGCACCAUGCUCUACACCAUGCAGCUGGGAAUUCAGAUAUGUUUUGAUCUGGAUAUGAAUGGAUAAAGCCGUAUGGUUCUCCAUUUCCCACUUGAACGAAAGCUGGGACGUUAGACAGACAGAAAUCAAUAACUGGAUCUUUGCCUUCUUACAUGUAUGGAGACCUGUCUGUGGAUCUGGAUGGAAUUUGCUGGCAGGACCAUUUUCUAUACUGAAUCUUCUUCCUGACAGUGGCAUCCCCCAAAGGUUUUCAGCCUAGGUAGGUUUACCAAGGAAAGCAAUGAGUCAAAGAGCAUUGGCUUAAAAGGACCAGUUCUCUUAUUUUACACCUGGAGACUAAAGCUCCAAAAGGAAAGUGGACUUGUUCAAAGUCAUGCAGGAGGUCGUAUCAGAGCUGUCGAAGCUGGAGUGUUCUGAUUCUGGACCGCAGUAUCCCCCUGCACGAUUUUUUUUUUAGCACAGUUAUUUGGUAAAUUUGAGUCUGCCUUUGUGGUUGGCGUAUGUGAGGGGACGAGAGCUUUUUGCUCAGAGGAUUCAUGCUGGCAGUCUGCACUGUCCCUGUGAUCCCCACGAUGGGUUUAAAAUUGAAGUGUGUGCAUACAGGUGUGUACAAAACCACACACCACGCCACACUGAAUUCACAGGUGUAUCAGGGCAUCUUAAAUGAUUCACAUUUCAGUAAUUUAAGGGGAAGGCAUUUUCCAGGGGUGGAAUCUCCCACACUCAGAUAACAGUUUUGGCUGGAAAUUUUCCUUUAACUAAACUCUGCCUCAGGAAGAAUCCAUUAUUUUAGAAAUUAUGUGAUAUAUCUGUUUGGAAGAAAAAUGGUGCUUACUUUCCUCCUUGCCAGGGUGGGAGAAGGAGUUCAAGGCUGUACUGUGAAGUCAUUAUGCUUGUAGAGGGCUCCUGCCUGCCCUGGAGCCCAGGGUUAUUGACCUUCGUUUCCUUCCACAAGGCCUGGUGAGCUAAGUCCUUUUGCUCUGGGUAGGGCCCCAGGAGAUGGGCCGUCAUCUGGGCCUGUAAGUCAUACUUGAUCUCUGCAUUGAUUUAUAUGUUUUUACUGUGCUCUUGGUCCCAAACACAGAAUUUUCACCUUGUUCUCAUUGAAUGUGCCUGAUCCUUGCAAAUUCCUUUUACAUCUUGUUUUUAGUGUUGUGUGUGUGUGAAACUCUGUGUUCAAGAAAGAAGUCAUAAAUGCAGUGAGAACAUCUUAGUGCCAUUGAAGAAAUACUUUUAUGAUUUCUAAUAAAUAUUUAU